CAGACAAACACGCCCGCCCGCAGCCAAUUUCCUGGGCCCUGCGGGGCUCUAACCGUAGAGCCAAUCCGAAGGAGCCGCUGUCAUCUUUCACCCAGCUGGUUGGCGCCGCCGCCGCCGCCAGAUUCCGAGAGCGAGGCUCGUUAAGCCAGGAACAUGGACGUGAACCUCGCCCCGCUCCGUGCCUGGGAUGAUUUCUUCCCGGGCUCCGAUCGCUUCGCCCGGCCGGACUUCAGGGACAUUUCCAAAUGGAACAACCGUGUAGUGAGCAAUCUGCUCUAUUACCAGACCAACUACCUGGUGGUAGCUGCCAUGAUGAUUUCGGUCGUGGGGUUCCUGAGCCCCUUCAACAUGAUCCUUGGAGGAAUCAUUGUGGUGCUGGUGUUCACGGGGUUCGUAUGGGCAGCACACAAUAAGGACAUCCUCCGCCGGAUGAAGAAGCAGUACCCCACGGCUUUCGUGAUGGUGGUCAUGCUAGCCAGCUACUUCCUCAUAUCCAUGUUCGGGGGUGUCAUGGUCUUUGUGUUCGGCAUCACUUUCCCUUUGUUGUUGAUGUUCAUCCACGCGUCCCUGAGACUUCGAAACCUCAAGAACAAGCUGGAAAAUAAAAUGGAGGGAAUAGGUUUGAAGAAAACUCCAAUGGGCAUUAUCCUGGAUGCCUUGGAACAGCAGGAAGAAAGCAUCAACAAAUUUGCUGACUACAUCAGCAAAGCUAGGGAGUAAAUGCAGCUUGCCUGGUAACAGGGCGCAGCAGGAACCCAGUUGCACUUUUCCCUUGUUCAGACCCAUUUUCUGUCUGUGGUUUUGAAACAGAAGGUGCAUGUCUUAGCACCCAACUAUCUAAGGCAUCAUGCAUGCACAGGCCCACCUUUUAAGAUCUUCGCCAUGACCCAAGGAAGGCCUCAGACACUGCAAAAGAUACAGACCCACUCUCCCAUUACGUCUGAAGUUUCCAGUGUGUUUUUGAAAAAGAAUGUGGACUGGGCAGCAACAGCUCUAUUCUAUGGUAGGGAAGACGUCACCUUAGAGCCUGGAGGCAAUACCAAGGAAAUGAAAAGUCAGUUAAAGCAGAGGAUGUCAUGUGUCAGCCUGUUUCCAAUCCUGUCGGACAUCCCCUCCAACAUCCCUAAGACUAUGAUGUGUCAGGUGUGGUAGUUUAGUGGUAUUAUCCUUGUUGUUUUAAAUCCAGAGACGAUCGCCAUCACUUUGGCACCUGUUUGAUGUGCAGUGGAAACUGGAUCAGCCAGCUGUUUAUAUUUUGUUUACGAAUAUGAAGGUAGCUGUUUAGGACAAUGUUUUGUUAAAUUUUUGUAAACUUUUUAAGACGGUAGUAAUAUGCUUUCACCAGCAGGUGUUUCUUGCAAACUAAACGUCAUCCUCCUGGGGUAAGGGUGGGGAGGGGUGGCUACAACUCUGUAACUUCUGUUAUUCUUGACUUGUUAAAAAAAAAUAAUAAAACCAAACUUGAGUUCUGUUUAUAUGACACAUUUUUAUUACUGCAAUAAAAUGGUGUCCAAGGUAA